UAUUUGUACAACUAUAUUUCAGCAUACAGUAUCAGUUCAGCAUACCAAAUAUCUGCUACAGCUGCUUCAGAAUGAUAAGCUACUAUGAGUGAGCUGAAAAGGAGAAGGGAGAUUUUUUUGAAGGAGGAGACCAACUGCCAACAUUAUGUACGCCAUAGGAGGGCCUUGAUCAUGACCAGCGUCUCGUCCAUAUUGCGGAUAACCGGAGGGUCAUCUCGCACAAUGAGGGCUCAAGAUCACAGACAUGGUGAGGUCUGGGUUACGGUGAAGGCAUUUACAGAAGACACAUUUUAGGAUGUCGCAUGGCACCUUAAUUACCUCCUGGGACUCCUCACCCCGACACUUACCAGGCACACCACCCACUGGAGACAGCCCAUUUCCCCAAGCAGGAAAUUAGCGAUCGUUUUGGGUGGUAUGCCACCCCUGGUGAGUACCGCACCAUCUCCUGCUUGUUUGGUGUCAGGAUCUCCACCGUGUGAUCUUUGAACGUGAAGUGACCAAGGCAAUCCUAGACACCUUGUAUCACCGGUUUAUUGCCCUACCCCAGAGACAGCAACUAGGAUGAGACUGUGUCUGGGUUCUUGUGUCGCAAUUACCCACAGUGUGCCGAGGUGAUUGAUGGCACCCACAUCCCCGUAAUAGCUCCCCUAGAUAGCCCAGCUGACUACCACAACAGGAAGGGGUGGUAUUCAAUUAUUCUACAAGCGGUCGUUGACCAUAGAUAUUGGAGCAGUAAGUGGGCAGCAUUAUGUCAACUGAAGAGAUGAACCCUGAACUAGACAAUCUAUCGUAUGAUGACUGGUAUAUUGAUGAUCCACCAGAACCAACAGUACCCCCCCAUGAACUUAUUUUGCCAUGUGACCCAACCCUGUCAGAAGGACUGUACCACCUAAUCCUGGCACCUGUAUCUCUGUGCACGUUGCUGCUUCUAUCUUUCCUGAUUCGACGGCGAAAGCUCUGCAUUUCCUGCUGCUGGGGGUUCCCCGGUGUCCUCAGCCCCCUGAACCUCCUGGAGGGUUCUGGGAACAACUGGGUGCCCUGUGCAGUCUUCGGGUUACUAUUUUCUUCAAUAUGUCAUCUGCUGCUGGAUCCCUCGGCACUUACCUUCAUGCCAGAAAUCGGCAGCUCACAUAAAGAACUUUGGACAGUUCUUGCCCUCUUCUAUUACCCUGCACUAUAUUACCCUCUUGUGGCAUGCCACAGUGUACAAAGGACAGCAGGAUAUAUAGUGGGUACCAUCCUGUCCUGGAUGCACUGUGGGGCAUUAAUAUGGCAGAAGGCAGAGUGUCCACAAACACCACAGUUCUACAGAUAUUAUUCCCUGCUAUCAACUAUACCCCAGAUCUGCUGCCUGCUGCUGCUUAGUUUCAUCUACCCUGCACUACUGCUGCAGAAACUGCGCCAGCCCUCCCUUGCUGAACAGAGAUCGGAGAGAAAUUAUUACCUCAGCUAUCUAAAAGGCUUUCUGAGGCGUAAAAAAUCCAAAAGCAGUAAGGACUCAGUCAGUAUUAGGUCCCAAGUAUCACUCAAUCUCUGCUCCUACCUUUGUCCUCCCAAAACAGGUUUUCACUUGUCAUUAAGAUCCGUUCUCGCAGUAACUGUAUCUAUAUUAUCUGCAUAUCAGUUGGCUCUCCUCCUGCUAGUAGGAUUUCUCCCAACUGUGCAGAAGAUCCGUGGCUCAAUUGAUGCAGAAUUUAUACUCAUGUUAGCUGGCUUUGGAGUAAACAUAGAUGAUGAUAGAUCCAAAGCAGUGGAUUAUAUUGUCUACUAUAUCUGGGCAGUGGAAGUUUGUUACAUUGCUGCUCUGGUUUUGUCCUGCGCUGUGACGUUAACAAUGCUACUGAGAUCCCUAGCCAAGCACAGGUGGGCACUGCAGUCUUUGUGUGCAGGUCAGGUUUCACAGGUUUUUCUAAACUCCCGCUCUCUUCAUCCAUCACCACCCGCCCUCGCCAGCUGGAUGAGUCACAUCAGUUACCAGGCUGCGGUAACCUGUAUAGGACUCAUCCUGCAGCAUGUAGUCCUGUUUCUUGUUCAUCUGAUUAUUACAUUCCUGAUCAUUAUUCCAAUCGGGUAUGGGAAGUUCCAAAUUAUUCUACAAAUACUAGAAAAAACAUGGCCAUACUGGCUUCUUCUGUUCUUGGUAACAUUGAUGCAGCAUCUCUGCACACGUUUCAUCUUCUUGCAAGGAAAUCCAGGCCAGAUUACUAACAGGAGGAGUCUCUUCCUGCUCACAUACCUCUUGCUCCCAGUGAAUAUUUUGCGUGGUGGGCUGCUGUCUAUUGCCCGUCUCCUGGUUUCUGUUAUCUUUAAUGUCAUCCACUUUUGUCGUUUGGACCUGAGCUUACUACAGCAUAGUGUACAGGGCUGGGACCCAGGGUACCGUAAUUACAGUAAUUUCCUAAUGUUGGAGGUCACUGAGUGUCACCCACUGGUUAGAGCAUUUUGCCGGCUCCUGAAACCCCCAAACUGGAAACAGGCUGACUUGGAGGAAGGUAUUCACCUCAUGCCAGCAGAUGGUCGAUAUCUGAAGGGUGCACGUUCUCACCUUGCCCGUGCUCGCUGGAGCCUCGCGUAUACUCUAAUCCACAACCCAUCUCUUCUGAUCCAUCGGAGAUCCAGAAGCAUCAAUGGUGGAUCUCCCCUGCAUCCAACAUAGCACCUGGCACAAACCAGGGACAUUCCAGUGACAUAGUCUACCUCCCACCUCCUUUCCCUCCUAUCCCCUAGAUGCACUGCUGGGCAGAGUGGGGUUUUUAGCAAAACAGUGGCCCCUUUAUUUUUGUCGUUUUAGUAAAAUAUAUUUCUCCAUUA